CAAAGCGUGCGCAUACACUACGUACAGGGAGCUGCGAUCGAUUGGCUUUUUGGCUUUAUUUCUUUCGGUGAAAGUGAACAGGAUGCAAAACUACGUUUGGCUAAUUGUCGCCUUGGCGACAACACUGGCCUCUGCCCAUGGAGCGCCCGCCCAGUCGCAGCCGGCCACAUCUGCUGCCGAAUUGGCUCUGGACAUGUAUCACAGUUGUCUCAAGGAUCUGAGUAUAUCGUGUGUGCGACCCAAGGCCCUGCAGUGGUUCAAUGCGGCUCUGCAGCAGCCAGAAGUGAAACUGACCAAUCGUUUGUCAAUUAUUCGCACAACAGAGCAAGCUGGAGCAGAGGCCAAGUCGAGCACAGGCCGUUCCCAGCAAAUGUUUGACGAUAUCGAUAACUAUUUGUCCAGCCAUGCCCUGAGAAUCCAGGCACCUGAAUACUUCCACAGCUCAGAGGCUCGCGCUCUGGUUCCAGACUUUCUGAUGGAGAAUCCGUUGACCCAGGGCGGUGUUAUUCCAUUGGCAACUCGUGAAGAGGGACGUGGAAUGAUCCGUAAGGCUAUUCUGCCCUUCCUACUUGGCCUGAAGCUGAAGACAACGGUUCUUGUGCCCUUGGCUCUUGGUCUGAUUGCUCUAAAGACUUGGAAAGCCAUGACUUUGGGUCUUUUAUCGCUGGUUUUGUCGGGUGCUUUGGUCAUUUUCAAAAUCGCAAAACCCAAAAUUGUCAAUUACGAAGUGGUGCACUAUCCCCAUCACGUUGAUCAUGUGGUGCCACAUCAUAUUGAGCAUGUGGUGCCCCAUCACAUCGAACAUAUUGUUCCCCAUCACAUAGACCAUCAUCUGGAUCAUCAUAUUGAUCACCAUGUUGAUUUGCCAGUCGAACAUAUUGAUCAUUUGGAGCAUCCAGCCCCGGCUUGGGAUCCUCAUGCCUGGGCACGUUCCUCUCAGGAGCCACAGGAUGCUCAAGAUAUGGCCUAUGUGGGUCAGAAGAGACGUUAAACCGGAGACAACAAAACGAAAUACGAAACUCCAAAGAGAACAAAUUGGCCAAUCAACAACCUUAUUUAUUUUCUAUUUUCUAAGUAGUUGCAUAUUGUUUCUAUUUAUUUAUUUAUUUCUAUGUACAAAAAAAAACAAAACCCAAAAAAAACCAAACUGAACAAAUGAA